GGCUGGCUGGCUGGCUGGCGGUGAGGCGAGCGAGGGCUGUUGCCGCAUGCUGCUGCUGCUGGGUGCCGCCGCCGGAGGAGGAGGAGGAGGAGGGAGGAGGGAGAAGCGGGAACAUGGCGGAGCCGGACUGCAGCGCGCUUCUGGACGAGGAGCUCUCCUCCUUCGUCUUCAACUAUCUCACCGACAGCCAGCAUGAAGUGUCUGGUGAGGAGCACCUUUAUUCUGACUUCCCAGAGAUUGAUUUGUCCCAGUUGGAUGCCAGUGACUUUGACUCAACGAAUUGCUUCAGUGAGUUGCAGUGGGACUGUGGGCGCUCCGAAACAGAGUCCAGCCAGUACAGCACAGACGACUCAGAGCUUUUUCAGAUUAUAGACAGCGAGAAUGAAGCAUUGCUGGCGGCCCUCACCGAGACACUGGAUGACAUCCAAGGGGACGACAUGGGUCUGGCCGCCUUCAGAAAUAUGGACGAGGGGGACAUGCCCAACAGCGGCUGCAUGUCUCCCGCCUCCUCUCCCAAACCUGCCGCCCCUGUCUCAAGGGGCUCUCCUCUGGCCCCCGAGGUUGAUGAGCUGUCUCUACUGAAGAAGUUGCUCCUUUCUCCUUCCAAUGUGCCUCCAAGCUAUGAGGUUCAGAAAGAAGGGAGUGUUUGGCGUCAAGGAGCUCCCAAAUCCAGACCGCAGCGAAUCUGUACAAAGGUGGAGACUGGCCGAGACAGAAAGCCAAGCUUCCUCCAGACUCACAGUCGGAACUGCACAGAGCUUCAUAAGCACCUUACUUCUGCCACCACAGUCAUGAUGCACUGCCCACACACACAAGACAGCCGCCUGCCAGAUGAGUGCCACCACAGCAGUAGCAACAGCAGCGAGCCCCAGAGACUUUUUGCCCCCAAUGGAGAGGACAGUGACUCCAGUGAAGAUUCGCUGAAUUAUAGUCAUGUCGUGGCAACUCCUCCCUCUUCCUCUUCCAGCUCUGAGGAGGGCCCUGGAGAGAAAGAACUUCAUGCUGCAGUGGAGCUCAUACGCUACAUGCACACUUACUGCCUUCCCUCCAGAAAGCUGCCCCCUACAAACUAUAUUGAAGUGAAACACCAGCAUUUUCAUAGCCCCUCGAAAAGAGCAAAGCCAGAUUGCCCCACACAGAGGCCACUGCUCUGUGCUAAAAACAGUUGUCCCUCCAGCUCUUGGCAUCUCUCUCUUUUGGGUGGCAACCAAUCUAGAGCCCCUGCUUCUGAGUUCUCCAUCCUGAGAGAGCUGCUUGCCAGAGACCUCUCCUGUGAUGUGAGCAAGCCAUACAGAUUGGCCAAGCCUGUGUACUCCUCCUUGGCCAAGUCUCCCAAAUGUCUAAGGGCCUCUUCAAUUGAGGCUGAAGGAGGACCCACAGAUAUGUGUAAAUCCACAGCCAAAACACCACUUGAAAUGAAAACUGAGCCAAGGCAAACUCCAACAGCAGAAUUCGAACCUAAGAAAGAGACUGGCAGCUCUGCAGAAGAAGACACCAUGAAACAGGGGACACUUCAGGCUCACCAGACCUUUGGCAAAGCAGGUCGUAAGCAGGAGAGCUCUGUUUAUGCAGUGCGGCGCUCCAAAAGACUCAACCCUGACCUCAGUCCCUGGCUGUCAUUCCUAGAGGAAUCUCCUCCAGACUCUGCUGUGUCUCCAGCAGCAGCAGGAAACAAAUCUGCCACCCCCGAGUCUGCCCUGUGUUCCUCCUUGCAGAACUUUGAUACAGAAGCACCAGCAGCUGAGGUUGAAGUGAACAGUGCAGAUGAGACAGACAGCAAAUUUCCGGGGUUCCCAAUGGAAUUGCAGACCCCCUCACCAGAGAGCUCUGGGGAGAGUGAAGUGUGUGAGAUAAACGAGAGCCAGUGCUAUCCCUUCAUGCGUCAAAGAGAAGCACCGAAGAGUCUGUCACUGCCCUUGGCACAAAUAGAGCCGACAUUUGGGAAGCGCAAUUUUGAACAAGUUCUGACGGUAGAACUAUGUGGCACUGCAGGUCUCACACCACCAACUACUCCACCAUACAAGCCUUCAGAGGAGGACCUGUAUAAGCCAGAUAUUCACCAGAGGCCAGUGAAGGACAUGACCAGCUCUGAACCACCACUAAUGACAGGUGAUGGAGCAACCUUCAUGAAACACCAGAGGAAGCACCCAGUGCGAACCGAAUUGUAUGCCCACCUGAGUCGGGCUACUGCCCAUCCCUCUCAGGCUGAACAGCACGGAGUGUUGAAACGCCCAUUCUCACGCUCCUUUGGUGAUCAUGACUAUUGCCAGGUCUUGAAGCCUGAGGCCUCACUCCAAAGGAAGGUGUUGAAAUCCUGGACGCCCCCAAGCCACAUGGAAAGCCAACAGAAGAGGAAGGUUUCUCAUGCACCCCAUCAGGAAGCAAGUGAGCUGGGUGUUGAUGAACUCUUUGUCAAGGAGGGCACCAAACAACUGAGAGACCAGGAGAUCAGAGCCAGUUUGACAAAACACUUUGGCCUUUUGGACAGUGCCCUGGAUGAUGGGGAGAUGGCGUUUGGCAAGACUCCAGAAUAUGACACCGUCUUUGAUGACAGUUGCAGUGAGUUUGGGUCCCCAUUGGAGAAAGAGGAGGAAGAAGAGGAAGAGGAGGAAGAGUGCUGUAUAAGUCCAUUGGAAUCCAAGUUAUGUCCAUACAAGAAUCCUCUUUCUAGGACCACUUUGCACUACUGUUCCAAAAGCAGAUCUGCUUCAGAAUCAUCAUGCUGCAGAUCCAGGUCUCCUGCAAGCCAAUGGGCUUUCAGAUUUGAAAAUGGAAAGCCAUGUCAAGAUGGAACGAUGACUGACCAGGGACAGAUGGAGACGAAAAGAGGAAAAGCCAUUGGAGAAGGCCGGGUGGUGUACAUCAGAAAUCUUGCCAGCAGCAUGAGCUCCACUGAACUGAAGAAGCGCUUUGAAGUGUUUGGAGAGAUUGUCGAGUGUUGUGUUUUGACCAGGAAUAAAAGGGGAGAUAAAUAUGGUAUCAUCACGUAUCGGUGUUCUGAACAUGCCGCCUUAUCCUUGAAGAAUGGUGCCUCCCUGAGGAAAAGAAAUGAGCCCUUAUUCCAGCUGAGCGGUGGUAGUUUUGGGCACUUCUUCUGGACCAGAUACACUGACUUGGAUUCCAAUACUGAAGAGUCCUCCCUGGUUCCGGUUAAAAGCAAAUAUGAGACCAUGGAUUUUGACAGCCUGCUGCAGGAGGCCCAGGAGAGCCUGCAUCGGUAACAGCCUUAACCUUUGAGGAAUACCUCAAUACCUCAGUCAAGGCACUUCCAAUAUGUUUACGUUUUCAAAGAAUUGAUUAAGUAUACAACACGAACGAGAGAGAGAUUGAGAGAGAGAGACUGCUGUCCUUUUAAAUCGAUGUUUACAUGAACAAGCUGCUUCUGUCUGUGAGUCCCCAUGGUGUUGAUGUUCCACUGCCACACAUUAGUAUCAUUGCUUCUGAUUGGUUGUGUUAGGAUGAGCCUGCAAAAGCCUCCUGUCCCCUAUUUGUCCACACUUCCUUCCUCUCCACCUCCUUUUCCCAAUGGUCCCCUUCCUCACUUCUGCCGUGGAGUUGCAGCUGUGUUCACCAUUUCUUCUUUCUAUUUUCUUUUUUUGUCCGUAGUGUGUGAUGAUGAAAUUGUUAAUUGUGAAUAGAAUCAAGAUUGUAAACUAAUUUUUAAUAGAAGAAAGAAAUAUAUACUUAUAAUGUAUUUAUGGCUCAGAUGUACUGUAAUUCAGAUUUAUUGUACCGCUUCCUUGAUUUUUAACUAUGCACUGUAAUGAGACACUUGCCCUUUAGCAGAUGUGGCCUCAUCCAGAAGGGUGCCCUUCAUUUAGCAACUCGUCCCCAAAUUGAUAUCCCUUUCAGUCCUACCCUUGAUGAACCAAGGGAUUACAAAGUAAGGUUGGAAGAUUCCCAUUCAUGUGGAUAAAAUUUUGGGAUCUCUGCUCUCCAGUCAUUAGCUGUGUGAUUCUACAGACCCUGGGUGUAGAGAAUGAAAUUCUUGGGUGGUAAAUUUUUCAAAAUGAUAUGACAAAAGAAGCUAUAAGGAAUGUUUCCCUCCUUCCCUCUGCUUCCUGGAUUGCAGUGGCCACCAAGGAGUGAAACGCCACUGGUUUUCCAAGCAAAAGAAAUGCUGUGUAAGAAAAGUCUUGCUGGGUUAGACUAAAAGCCAAUCCUGUCCAUUGUUCUGGUUCCCAGAUAUGCCUCUGGGAAUCCCAAAGACAGGGCUUGAUGGCCAUAAAUAGUCCUCUGCCACUAUUGUCCUCUAGCAAUGACAAAGUUAGAUUACCUCAGAACCUGGAAGUAACAUAAAAAUAUUGUUUUCUGAUGUUGGCCAUUGGUAGACUUAGCUUCUGUGUAAAAGCUGAUGGCAAGACUAAAAAAAAAAAACCUGAAAGCAAUCUCCAGAAGAAUUAUGCUAACAGUUUCCCUAGAUUUAGUGAUAACAUUGUUUCAUGAGGUCUCUCAACACAAUGUUGGGUUUAAGGUUCUGGCACGUGGAACAUUGUGUAUAAAGGCCAUACAUCUCAUCACUAGUAGCCUCAGGAAUAGUUUCUUCAGCCAUUGGGUCAUCUGACCAAAGCAGAAUCUCUCCCCAGAGCAAGGGGCUUCUCUUCAAAACCCCAUCAAAAGCAAUCAAGAGCAUCCUUGCCUGUGGACUGGCCAUGUGUACAAAGUGCUUAAAGCUGGCUAACAGUGCAUGGAUCAUCAGCUUAGGCUAUCUGUGAAUGCAACACUCCUUGUAAGUGGAGUCAUAUAAGCCAUAAAGCAUAUAGCCAUUGCUACAGUUUACUUGUUUCAUUCUCCUUCCCAUUCCCUGCCUUCUAUUGACCUAUGGAUGUAUUCUUGGGACUCUAAUCUAGUGUCUCACACAAACACAUGCACAUUUUCUUGAUUGGCUUUUCAAAGAUUCAAAGACCUAAAGGGUCCUUGAGAAGUAACAUAGCAUAGAGGUUAAAAUGUUGGACACAUCUGAAAGAUCCCAGUUGAAGUCAUAGAAUCAUUGAGUUAGAAGAGACCUCGUGGGCUAUCCAGUCCAACCCCCUGCAGCAGAAAAAUCGCAUUCACAGCACCCUCUCUGCUUAAAAGCCUCCAAAGAAGGAGCCUGCACCACACUCUGAGGCAGAGAGUUCCACUGCUGAACAUCUCUCACAGUCAGGAAGUUCUUCCUAACGUUCACGUGGCAUCUCCUUUCCUGUAGUUUGAAGCCAUUGUUCCACGUCCUAGUGAAAACAAGGCUGCUCCCUCCUCCCUAUGACUUCCCCUCACAUAUUUGUUCCUAUUGAGAUAUGAAAUUCACAGAGAGACCUGAUUUUCUCUCUCGCCUAUCCUAUCUAGUAAGUUUGUUGGGAGGAUAACAUAGUCAUUGGAGGAAAGAAAGAAGAUAGGGAAUAAACACAGAGUAAUUUGGGGUAGUUAUUUUUGGGAAAGAGUUUUGGAUUUUGAUUUGGACCAUAGAAUAAUAGAGUUGGAAGAGACCACAUAGGCCAUCUAGUCCAACCCCUUGACAUGUAGGAAAAGCACAAUCAAAGUAUCCCUGACAGAUGGCCAUCCAGCCUGUUUAAAAGUUUCCAAGGAAGGCGCUUCCACCACACUCAGAGGCAGAGAGUUCCACUGAUGACCAGCUCUUACAAUCAGGAAGUUUUUCCUAAAGUUCAGAUGGAAUCUCCUUUCCUAUAAUUUGAACCAAUUGCUCCCAGUUCUAGUUUCAAGGGCAGCAGAAAACAAGCCUGCUCCCUCUUCCUUAUGACACUCUUUCACAUAUUUAUACUAUCCUGACUCCUCUCAACCUUCUCUUCUGUAGGCUAAACAUAUCCAAUUCUUUAAGAUGCUCCUCAUAGGGCAUGGUCUCCAAACCUUUGAUAAUUUUAGUUGCCCUCCUCUGGACACCACCUUCCAGCUUGCCAAAAUUCUCUUUUGAACUAUGGUGCCCAGAAUCGGACGCAGUAUUCCAGGGAAAGUGUAACCAAAGCAGAAUAGAGAGGCACCUUGACUUCCUUCGAUGUAGACACUAUACUCCUUCUGAUGCAGCCCAAAAUCCUAUUGGACUUUUUAGCUGUUGCAUCACACUGUUGGCUCAUGUUCAACUUGUUGUCUAUGAAGACUUCAAGAUCUGUCUCAGAUGGACUGUUGUUGAGCCAGCCAUCACCCAUUUUGUAUAUUUGCAUUUCAUUUUUUUUACAUUUGUCCUUGUUGAAAUUCAUUUUAUUGGUUUUGGCCCAGCUCUCUAAUCUGUUAAUGUCAUUUUGAAUUCUGAUCCUGUCCUCUGGAGUAUUAGCUAUCCCUCCUAAUUUGGUGUCAUCUGCAAACUUGAUAAGUACACCCUCUAAACCUUCAUCCGAGUCAUUAGUAAAGAUGUUGAAUAGUACAGGCCCAGGACCAAACCCUGUGGCACUCCACUAGUCACUUCUUUCCAGGAUGAAGAGGAACCAUUGGUGAGCACCCUUUGGGUUUGGUCGCUUAACCAGUUAUAAAUUGAAGGAUGCCAAGUCAUAGCUUGCGUGUUCAGAAACCUGAAUAAAUUAUCAAUUAUCAGCUGCCACAGUGGUUUGCUGUGUUAACUGACCAAAUUAUCUGAGGAAUAGUGCUAUUCUUGUACUCUAACUAGAUUUAAUGUUCAGGGGUAUGUGAGGGAGACCAAAAAUCAAUAGAUACAUCAAAGAGAGAUAAUUUUCCAGUGGGGAAUCAAAUACUUUGCUAAUUUCUCAGUAAACCACCACAUUUUUUUUAUUUUUCACAAAAAGUUGAGACCUCCGGGAUUGCACCAUCCCAUGUAGAUAGACUACAACAGCCUUAAUUCUGCCAGUAAAUAGAUGCCUCUUCCCUAAAGGUCUCUGGCAUUAACAUGUAUUUAAUUUGAAUAAAAUGCCACAGAAUGCCACAGACCCUCAGGCCAAAAGCAUGUCAUCCAAAGGUUCACCUUUCUCAUUAUCUUGGGAAUGGCCUCACGUGUCAGAAACAACACAAAGAGUCAGCUCAUGUAUGUUACCAUAUGCUCGAUAAUCAAUUACUUGAUUAUUUCUGUCUUUGGAUGUGGUGCUUUUAUAUUAACAAGAGUUCAUUUCAUGCAGUAACUAACAUGGUUCCAUGUGUUGUUGGCCUAAAUUCACUGUCACUGUAUUGGCAGCUGCUGUGUUGCGCACACCACCUCUGUAUGGGCAAGGCUGGUAGAUCCCUCUCCCUGUAAUCUGCCCAGAUCAAAGUCUGGGUGAAGCAUCUGCUAUUGACAAGUGCCUCAUUGUAGCUCUGCCUUUUUCUGUCCUAGUAUUUCCUCACCACAAUGAUGUUUACAUGUGAUUGCUAUAGAGCUUACUGUAGAAUGUACAUAGCGACACAUUUAGGGUGGGUAGGACUGUCCUGUCCUGUGCUGUGCUGAUGUUUUCAGAAAACAAUCAAACAAAAAUAAUUAUUAUAAUAGUAACCACCCCAACAAUCAAUAAGUGGAAUUCUUCCAUCUCCUGACUUGGUUUCAAGGGUAGAUCAAAGUUCACAGCUAGCUUCGGUCAGAGAGAUGGAAAAUGCAUCAGUGUGUCGAAAGUGUUGGAGGAGCUGUCAUUCUGCUCUCUGGAAGGAACUGCCUUCAGCGUGAGUUACUUGCAAACAUGGCUUUAUAAGUGGGUUCUGUAUUUCAAGUUGCUUUUCAGAGGCUGGAUGAUACAUGCCAAUGAUAUUAGAGCAUACCUGUAGUGUGUUCUAGGAGGAAGAAAGAAAAGUCUGUAACGCACAUGGCCUCUCAGUCCUAGGUAUAGGGAGAGGUGCAAUAAGUGGUCUUUGUGUUGCCUGAAGCCUAUAAAAUAUUAUUUUGUUUUAUUUUGCAAGAAACGUCAUUGGAACUUUAUGCAAUAUGCACACAUGUGCACAAACGCACACCUGUAUUAGGGAAAGGGAGCUGUGGAGGUAGAGUAAGGGGCACCAAACUCUUCUCUCUGCUGCUAGGCAGACAACAAAAGCUGUGAAGCCAACCAUGUUGAAUGUAGAACCUGAGUGGCAUGGUUUGACAAGGACGCACAUUUCAUGCUGGUUAUGGCAGACCAGUCCCUGUUAAUGGAUGUACAGCUACGUCUGUAUCAGUCCCACUGGGAGCAACGUGAGAAAGUCCUUUGCUCUUAUUUAUUCUUUUACUAGCUUCAGAUGGUACAGCCUGGAACUGUAGGUUUUUAAGCAAGAGGUCUCUGUAAAAGCCAACCACCCCCAAAAGUAAUGGUAUCAGAAAAUUUCAGGAGGGACAGAACACACUAAAGAUUUAAAAAAAUCUAUUAACUAUAGUGCUCACUGCCAUGUGUUGCAAAGAGUCAUCCUGGGAUGUUGCUGAUGAAAAGCCCAGCUCUGUAUAACCCAGGAAUCUGUAGGAUCAUUUUGGAGUCAAGCCAGAUUUUCAGUGUGAAUGUGUUCAUAAUUGACCUACAGAACCUGUGAUCCACCAACACAAAUAUAUCUAGCCUUCCCGAUUGUGUUUCUCGCUAUGAUUGGGGAAGAAAAAAAUAUAAUAAAAUGGAGGGUUGGGGAGAAGCAAGAAUUAAGUACCUUUACAAGCUGAAAUAGUUUGUGAUAUUUGCACAGCGUAAGAAUUUUCAUCUUCCUGUAGAGUGGAUUAAACUGGAGCCACAAUAUAUAUAUACUAGUUGCAGAAUGCAGUGCAGUUAAAAGCCAUGAUUUUGAGCUGGCAAAGGGGUUAAAUAAACAGUUAUUCUUUAGUAGGAUGGGGUUAAAAUGAGCAUUGUAUCGUACUAUAGCCAUAACUGCCACUAACAUAUUCAGGCAGAGUCUUUCUUUGUGGAUUUCUGUUCCACACUUUUUGACUUCACAGGGGCACAACAUGGAUGCCACCUGGGUAAGAGCAGUCUCAGAAUGGUGCCUAUUUGCUAAGGGGAGGAAUUCAUUGUCUGUAUGGUCACCUUCCUUUUUGGAAAAGCCUGCCCCAGUUCUUUUUGUGAAGUCUGCCUACACUUUUCCUCCAUUCAUAACAUGAAUUAUGCCAGCAUCCCCACAGUCAAGGGGUAGGUCUAGCCAUAACAUCAAGCAGCAGAGCAAACCAAGCCCUUGUGAGACCAGGUGGAGAAACCAAAUAAGGAGAAUUCAUUUUCCAGGGUGAUUCGGAACAAAAGGGUGUAUUAAGGCAAUCAUGAGGGAGACGUUUAUUUUUUUAAAUAGAAUUAUCUAUAUAUGUAGGUGCCUGUGUGUGCGCACGCACAUGUGUGUGUAUGUGUCAGAGAGAAAUCUCUUCCUUUUUUAAAAUCAGGAAAAAAUACCUUAAGAUAGGAAUAAUUCAUAAGCCAUUUCUUUAUCCUUGGAUUGUUUAAUAAACCGUUGUUCUCUAUGAAACACAAAAUCAAUACUGAUGAAUUGGAAAUCUUGAAUCUAUGGAGGAAGGGAAGUUCCAAGGUAACACAGCGAAGAGACUGAACACAGGAGGAAAAAAAAUGCAGUUUCAACAUUGUAUGAUGGGAAAAGUCAGCUUCGUAUUCCCCUCUGAAUGUGACCAGUCUGAGCUGUGCUACCUCCAUGAAAUUGUGAUGCCAGCUUCAUGUUGUGUUUCCAUAGGUAGUAUUAGAUUGUCAAAAAGCCUUAGAGGAGUGUGUAUGUAUAUGUGUGUGCGCACCGAGCACAUGUAUGAAUGACUUCUUUAUUUUCAUUUGCUGGGUGAAAAUAAUGUUAUUUAUAGUCCUUACUUUGUUCUUACAGCAGGGUAGUCUGUUCAUGACACUUUAGCAAUAUGACCACACAAAGCCAUCAGCUUUCCAUUCUCUUGUUUUAUCAAGAUUCUGGGGAGAGGGUAGAUUGUUUAGGCCUCAUUCUCAUCCAGGUACUUUGCAGUUGAUUCAUCUUGACCCCUACAUUACUGAGUUUCGUGAAUCACUUCGUGAGCCAUCUAUAAAUUUUGAUGUCUGAUUAUACAUACCUCCUUGCACUUAAAUUGCAGGUACCUUUUCUUGCACUUAAAGUGCACUGCACCCUUCACCCCAAGCCCCAAUAACCUAAGAAUGGGUGCAGUCUGCAUUUUACCUCCAGGUGCCUGGAGGAAACACACGAGAGGUAAAUGGUUACUAUGGUGUGGGGGGGGGGGGGACGGGCACCAAAUUUGUUCUAGAAACAUUGGUACAAAAACGUACACAUAUACAGGGCUUACUGUGGUGUGAUGCAUCUCACAUUGCAGGUUCUGUGGUUGUAUCUUGCAACCUUUCUGGGUUCACAUAAUUGAAGACCUCCAAAUGCUCCCUUCAUGUGGAAACUUGAAUGCCAUCUCUCUGAAAAUUAAAAUGUCUCAGUAUUCAGAAGAAAGGCAUCAGACUCUGGUUUGGAAUUUUGUACCCUGUAUAAUAUUUUCCUUCAGUCCCCAAAUUUCUACUGUUGCAGAGAAUAAGGCCAAGAACUAUAUUUGCUGUACAGUCAGCUCUCUGCAUUUCUGGGUUUGACUACUUCAGAUUUUAAUAUUCAAUGGACUGGAUCAAAAUGGAAUCUCUUGAUCAUCCAGUGCGAUUCUAUGGUCGGUUUCUGAUAGAAGUUGACCAUAGAGUCCAGUGGUGAACCUAGAGCAGAACUCUAAAGUUAACUAUCGUCGAGGUCCUGUGCUCGUAACCCCAGUAAAUGUCAAGGGCUGAUUGCAUUUGUAUUUUUUUCUCUGUAACUUUGUCUGCUUUUGACUUCAGAUGCCUAAACUACAAGGCUAGGAAUUGAGGGUCUAAGAGAAAUUUUCACUGGCGGGUGCAACAUUCUUAUUUGGCAAGGGCAAUGUCCUCAUUCCCCUUCCCCUCAGCUAUAUCUGUGAGGGUGAAUACAUGGUCCCCUUCAGCACAAGGUUCAUCUGCCCUUGACACACUUGGCCAGUGUGAACAGUGUAAACACAAAGCUUUACAGAAGGUGGAGCUGUUUGCAUUUGGAGAGUUCUGCCUCCCAUUGCAUUUCGUAACAGAAGACAGGGGCAGCCCAGUUUGCACACAAUGCAGUCCAUCAGCUUGCACCCAAAACACGGAUGUAGAUGCUGAAUUUGGGGUGGGGUGGGAUUAUUUUACAUUCUUCUUUUUAGAACAUAAUUAUUGGGAAAUUUCUUUCCAUUAUUUAUGGGAGAAUCAAGGUAUGAGGUGAAUAGCCACAGGUACCCCAACAGAGUCUGGUUUUAAUACAGCAGUUGAUGCUUUAGAAAUCAUUAUUUAUUGGAAAGUUUUUGAGGGAGAAAGAAUAAUUAAUAUCACUAUUUUGUGGUGUGUGUUUGUGAGUGUGUGUGAACCAGAGAGAAUGAAGGAGACUAAAUUGAUGCAUUUCUUGAGAAAGGUGUAAGAAUUUCACAUAAAAAAAAAGGGGCACAUUUGCUAUGUUAUUUAUAAUAAAAGUUAGAUUUUAUUUUGUUUUGAAGAUGACACUGCUAACAAUUAGAAGGGCCCAGUUCUGUCUCUCUUUUACACAUAUUAAUGAAGUAGUAAUUUGCUCCUGCAUAAGUAAAAGCAGCAGGAUUGGCCCCUUCUCUAAUCAAUAAAAUCAAGUUUUUAGUUUGCGAUUUUACAAAAAAAAAAUAUUACUAGACGAUUUUUUAUAUUUCACUUAAUUUCCCCCAGUUGUGUUCUGUUUUGUCCUUAUUUAUGUAAUAUAUUUUAACCUUAAUUGGCAUAGAUUCUUAUGCCUUUCCUUUGUUAUUGUCAUUUUUUAAAGAAAUAUUUCUUUCUAGUGCGAUUUCAAUGUCUACCUUCUAAAUGAGAGAACGUUUUCUUGUAUUUUUACAUUGUCAGAUUCUAUAGUUUCGUAGAUGAUUUAACCAAAUUGCUCAGUGUAUUCUCUAUAUCUAUCUGGUGGGUAUAUAAAAGUUCUAUUUUAAAUUGUGUAAAUACUUCAGAACUGGCUUCUUUUUGAGACUCCCCUGCUGUGGAGUUACUUGUUUACAUCACAAAGACUGUAGAAUCUCUACAUUCAUGUACUGUAAAUAGUGAAGUGAUCUGCCUAUAAAUAAAUAAACCAUAACAAAUA